AAGAUCCACAGAUCCAUGACAACCAACGCACGGCGUUAUAAGUUUUCUAUUAGCAUUCAUCGAGAUCGGUUGAAUUUAACUAAAAGUAGAAAUUUAACACUUAUCAUCAUGGCAAUAUCGGAAGUUUUGAUUUACAUCGUAUUGGCAUUGGUAUCGCCAUUGGUCUACUUUAUUCGACAACACAUGACAUAUUGGAAACGUCGCGGAAUUCCACACGAUCCACCAGAUUUCCCGAGUGGAAACUUAAAAGGUGUCAAGAAGACUCAUCAUUUGAGAGACUUAACCCGAGCUAACUACGAAAAAUACAAACAUUCUGGUCCAUUUGGUGGUUUCUAUUUCUUCCUCAAGCAAGCAGUCAUCGUUUAUGACUUGGAUUUGGCAAAAAAUAUUUUAAUAAGAGAUUUCCACAAUUUUACUGAUCGAACUAUUUUCCACAAUGAACGCGAUGAUCCAUUGACUGGACAUUUAUUCGCUGUUGAAGGACAAAAAUGGAAACAUUUAAGGAAUAAGCUGACACCAACAUUUAGUUCCGGAAAAAUUAAGGGAAUGUUUCCAAUAGUCUUAUCAGUUGGAGAUCGUCUUAUAGAAGCAUUCGAUAAUUUGGUUGAAAAAGAUUCCAUAGUUGAAGUUAAAGAUAUUUUGGCGCGAUUCACUGUCGAUGUUAUUGGAAAUUGUGCUUUCGGUCUCGAAUGCAAUAGCCUUAAAGAUCCACACGCUGAAUUUCGUAUUAUGGGUACAAAAGCGUUCACACAACCGCGGCACAACAAACUUCUUGAUAUGUUUAUCUUUAGUUUUCCGAAAUUAGCCAAAACGCUGCGCAUGCGACAAAUACAUGAAGAAGUUCAUCAGUUUUAUAUGCGUGUGACGCGAGAAACUGUCGAAUUUCGUGAAAAGAAUUCGGUUAAACGAAAUGAUUUCAUGAAUUUGUUGAUUGAUUUGAAGAAUUCCGAAGAAGGAAUGACAAUGGACGAAAUUGCAGCUCAAUCGUUUGUAUUCUUUUUAGCUGGUUUUGAAACUUCUUCAACUACAAUAGGUAUUGCACUUUUUGAACUGGCAUUAAAUCAGGAGAUCCAAGAUAGAUUGAGAGCUGAAAUUAAUACUCAAUUUGAUAAAAAUGCAGGAAAAUUGACGUAUGAUAGUAUGGCUGAGAUGCAUUACAUGGAUAUGGUUAUGAAAGAAACUCUCCGAAAGCACUCAGUUGCAACAAACCUUAUAAGAAAAGCACUCAAUGAUUAUCCCACAUCGAAUCCUAAAUAUGUAAUUCCCAAAGGAAUUACGGUAAUGAUUCCAGCAGACUCUAUUCAUCGUGAUCCAGAGAUUUAUCCUGAUCCAGAGAAGUUUGAUCCGGAGCGAUUUAGUCCAGAAGAGACACAAAAACGUCAUCCUCUCACUUGGCUGCCCUUCGGUGAAGGACCUCGCAAUUGUAUUGGAUUGAGGUUUGGCAAAAUGCAAACUUAUAUUGGACUAAGUUUGCUUUUGAGAAAUUACAAAUUUCAUUAUUGUGAUAAAACUCCAAAUCCCCUGCAACCGGAUGUGACAAAUUUGGUAUAUUCAGCUAAAGGUGGUAUUUUCUUACGUGUUGAGAGGAUAAAAUUGUGAUAUUUAAGAAUUUAAGUUAUUUAUUUAGAAAAAUAAAUUAAAAAAA